UCUUCGCCUGCUGCUAACGGCCUGCUGGGAAGCUGUUGCAUUGUGGUAUGGGAUGGGAGGCCAGGAUGAUGUCAUUGAUGCUACAACCAUGCUGUAAUGGAGUUACACUUUGCAUGGAUAUGACAACAGUUGCACACUCAGAAGAUACAAUGCCGGAGGUCAAGUCAAUAUUCAGAGAAGUCCUGCCUAAACAAGGGCAACUUUCCAUGGAGGAUGUUCCUACCUUGGUCCUGUGUAAGCCCAAGCUGCUCCCUCUCAAAUCAGUCACUCUAGAGAAACUGGAAAAGAUGCAGAUGGAGGCUCAAGAGGCCGUCAAACAGCAGGAGCUGGCAUCGAAGGAGCCAUCUCAGUAGAAGCCCAGCAGGGGGAUUUGCAACCGCAGGAACUGUCAGAUCGGCAUAACAGUUGCUUUUAGAGCGCUCCAUGGCACUGCUGGCGUACCAAGUACACUUACAGUCAUGUACAGUCCUGUUAAGACACUGAGUAAUGUUGCAUGAAGCACUGAUGAAAUUGUGGAGAUUUCCCUCGUUGAAAUCCCCUCUCUGAAGAGCGGUGAUCAUGUUGCCUGGUCCUGACCUGAUCUGAAUAGGUGGUGGAGCUCACUAGGUUAGUCAUCUUUUCUUUCAGAAAUACAACGUGUAACUUUGAGAGGGCAGUCUCAUUUCAUAGCCUUUAGACUUACUGCAGGCCAUUAUUAUGCAUGGACUGUGAAUCCUUUUAGUCACAUCAUGUACUCUAAAUCUGAUAAAUUGAUUUAAUUUUAAAGGAAACAUCAGCCACCAACCUAAAUGAAUGAGGGUUUAGCAAAAUAAACAUUCACAAAACACAGACACAUGGAUUGUUUCAGUGAUUUAUUGAACAAACGAGGAGCAAUACUUGGUACAUUUGACACACCAGUAUCCCCCAAAUAUAAAAAUAAACACUCUGAACACCA